AUGGUUGCAACACAUGUCUUGCUUGUAGAAACGAUGCUCAUUUUGUCUGCAUUUGGCCAAAAUGAUUCGGUUUGGCAAUAUCAACGGCUCUACAAUCAUCUUGAGAAAAAAUUGUAUGGUAAACUUCGACCAGUACUUGACCAGUCCAAACCAGUUAUAGUGGUUGUUGAUGCUCAGCUUCUAGGCGUUCAGGAACUGCACGAAAAGGAGCAGUUGUUGCAAUCAACGAUUGCCCUAAGCUGCCGUUGGAAGUACGAAACUUUGGCAUGGAACACAUCAAAAUAUGGUGGAAUUAAAAGAAUAAAAUUUUCACCAAGAGAUGCUUGGAUACCUGACCUUACUGUAGGCAACUCUGUAGACGCAUUGUUUGUGUUAACAGAGACCAAUGACAACAUGAACAGAAUAAUCGUCACAAGUAAUGGAGACGCCACGUGGGAUACAGGGGGUAAUGUGCUUACAGCUUGUCAUAUGGACAUCAUUAAAUAUCCGUUUGAUACUCAAACUUGCAAUAUCAUAAUUGGUAAAUUGGAAUUUGACAGUGAAGUAUACAUAACAUCAAAUAAUGUCAAUGCUAUAUCGGAAAUGUAUGAGGAAAAUGGCGAAUGGAUGUUGGAAAGUGCAAUAGUAGAGCAGAGAUUGCUUUAUCAUGACGUUACCAACCUUUAUAUCAAAUUAACUCUAUCGCGACAUUCGUUCUUUUACAUUCUAAACGUUAUAUUACCCGUGGUUCUUCUGUCAUUUAUGAUGGUGUUAAGUUUUAAGAUACCACCGGCUAGUGGGGAGCGUUUAGGCUACAAUACCGCUUUGUUACUGACCUUCGUUGUGCUGCUUAACCUGGUCGGUGACUCUAUGCCAAGGGUAUCAAAACAUGUAUCAUACCUACAACUGUAUGUAAACUAUCAGCUUACUAUUGCCGUGGUUGUUACCGCGCUUUCUGUCUUGUUGGUAAACUUUGCACACACUCGAAACGAGGCCAACGUUCCUGCUAUUGUCAAACUUUACUACAAGUGUUGUAGAAAGAGGAACAAAGCCGUCAACUUUACAAACUUAGAAGAAGUUUCCAAGACAGGGAAAACUGAGGCAGUGAAAGAAGGGGUGAUGAAAGCAGAGUCAACUUUCUGCUCGGAGACUGACUUGCUCGUAGAUAAAGAGAUCGUGUUGCAGCAUAUUGGAAACACUCUUUCAUGGGUUUUUGCGACAAUGUUUAUAAUGUCGACAAUUUUGUUCUUCAUUGUCGUUCUAAUUUAG